UUAACCAAAAUCUCCAAAUUGUAACGUCGGAGGUGAAACAACAAGUCACAAGUCAGUAAUAGAUUGAUUUAUUAUACAGCAAGCAACACAUCUGUCACAAAACUCUACAUAAGAUGUGUGCUUGUGAAGCAGAAGUAAAUUGGGCUCUGGAAUUCAUCAAUCUCAACGGAGAAGCACCUUAAUGCACCAUACCUCCCAGAUAAAUCAAUGAUGGUAUGGACUGGUGCACGAUGACCCAUAAAUCUCAGCCAAAGAGCCAGUCCAGUAGCCUGCACCGUUACGACAAGUUGCGCGACUGCUCAGCGGAUCCCGCGCCACCGUACAAGAUGCUGCGACGCUCGGACGAGAGCCCUGUCAGCAGACAUGGGGACGGCACGGGGCAUGGCAACAAGGCAAAAACCUCUCACACGGUUAGAGGGAAAAAUGGGACCAGCAGCUCUCCUCAGGAGAACGCUCACAACAACAGUUCCCACCAUGGCUCCGACUCACAUGCGAAUCAGAGCAAGCCUGCAGACAGGCACCAGGACCCAGCAGAUGACUGGACAGAACACAUCAGUUCCUCUGGAAAGAAGUAUUACUACAACUGUAGAACUGAGGUCUCCCAGUGGGAGAAGCCCAAGGACCUGCUGGAGAGGGAACAACGACAGAAAGACCCAGUCAAGAUGGCAGCAAACAGUUUCCCCAGGGACAUGGACUACAGACAAGAGGCCUUGCAGGACAAAGCCACAACAAAGACCACAUCAGGGGACCAGUCCACAUCAGCCAACUCCGCCCAUUCCUCCUCCUCUUCGUCCUCCUCUUCUUCUCAGAGCCUGAAUUCUGCUCCCGGUGCUUUAGGUUCCACCCCCUCCACCACGUCCUCCUCCUCCUCCUCCUCCUCCUCCUCUACCUCCUCGAUUGGGCAGUUGCUCCAGUCUGUCCAGUCCCCGUCAACGGCGCUGCUGCAGGACCCAGCCCUCCUCCAUCAGCUCCUCCCCGCUCUGCAGGCGACCUUGCAGAUGAACAACGGCAGUAUGGACAUGGCCAAGCUCAAUGAGGUCUUGGCAGCUGCUGUCACCCAAGCUUCCUUGCGGUCUGUGCUUCAUAAGCUCCUCAGUGCUGGACCUGCUUUCAACAUCACUGCUCUGCUCUCCGCUGCUCAGCACUCCAACCAAGCCCAGCACUCCAGCCAGUCUCCUGUCUCUCUUACAUCAGAUGCGUCGUCGCCGCGGCCUUACGUGUCGCCGCGGAACGGCACGCCGCAGAGCAACCAGAAGUCCCUCGGGGGCGCGCACCCAGGAAGCAUCACGUCCUCGCAAACGAGGGCCAGCAUGUCUUCUGGUAAGCAAGGAUCUGUGCCCCUGUCUCAGACUGCAGAGAAGCGUCCGGAAGACCCCAGAACUCACCAGCAGAGAAGCCACGACAUGCUUUGCUCGGGAUCAAACGUGUCCGGUGCCGCAUUGCCCCACGUCGCCUCCGGCAGCACCAGCCAGUCCCAGGCCGAUGCCCCUGUCUCCUUCGUUCCCUCCCUGGCAGCUUAUUUUGAUGAGAGCCUCAUCAGACAUAUCCAAGGAUGGCCUUCAGAGAACACGGAGAAACAGGCGGCCCGGUUACAUGAGGACAUCCACAACAUGGGCAGCUUAUACAUGUCUGAGAUCUGCACAGAGAUGAAGAACCUCCGCUCCCUGGUCCGAGUGUGUGAGAUCCAGGCCACGCUGAGGGAACAGAGAAUCCUGUUUCUGAGGCAGCAGAGCAAAGAGCUGGACAAGCUGAAGAACCAGAACUCCUACAUGGUGUGAGGACCUGACCAGAGAAGAAAGGACUUGAUUGGAUGGAUUAAGAUAUUGAUUUAAAAAAAAAAAAAUGAAAAAAAGAAGACUAGACAUGGAAAGCUAGCUGCUCCAGCCUGUUCUUUCUCCCUGUAAGAGAAACUGAGAGAGAAGCUGUUGGCAGUCAGCGGCUGACGGGGUGAAGCUCCGUUGUUCCUGAACUGUCUUUUGUUUGUUUCUUCUCUUUUCUUUCCUUUUUUUUUUUUUUUAAAUUUCAAAUGUCCACCACAUGAAUUGCUCUUAUUGAGAGGUGAAACUGAGAGUUCACUGAGUUGGACACUUUAACCAAGUGGACGUAAAGGACCUGAGGCUCUUUUCAAUCAGCACCUUUUCGGACUGUGAACGUUGGCGUGUGUAUUGUAUUGGGUUAACUUGUUUUCCGGUGUGUUUUUUUUUUUUGAUGAUGUGCUGUAGUCAAGGAGGAGAAUUCGUUCUUGGAAAAAUGAACUAAAAUAAAUCAUCUCAUAAUAAUCGGUGUAACGCAGUUCUCAGGGGAGUUCGAGGGGAGAACUAGAACUUGUUCACUCCCUAAACUUCUGAAAUAGACUUUUUUUGUCAUGCAUUGAAGUGUACGGGUUCAAUGGCAGUGAUGUUACUAAUAUCAUUUUUUGAUUCACCAUACUUGUCGGUAUCUUGUCUCCGAGCUGGUUUUGUUUUACACGUCGUGACGCAAGAUCUGCGCAGAUCUCUGACCAGACCUUUACUUCAAUGUGCUUCGGCUGUUUAGUCCCAGUUGCACUUCAGUGGUACAAAUUCAGAGGGGAGGCUGUGGUUAGUCAGGUCAAACACACCCAGGAUGUUUGGAAGCCAUUUUGAAAAAAAACAACAAGCCUACAUUAUUGGACCUAGGUUGGCUGCUAGUACACAAGGUAGUAUUUGUUUAUGAUUCCUGCUGGCUGUUUUCUUAACCCUUCUUUUGUCUUUUCUUUGUGUAACUGUACGCGUUCUGUUUCUCUCCCGAGUCCAACUGGGGAGCCAUUUCAUUCCUUUAGUGCAGCUUAGCGAGAGACUGUGUCAAACAAUAGAGAAGUGACUGAAUUUACAACUAACUGAUGGAAAACUAAAUUAUUGUCGCACAUGAUUUGAUUACGUCCUCGUAGUCACGAUGAAAGAGAUCGAUGGAAAGACGUUUUAUUCUUAUUUUUUCAACAAGGAGGCUCCCGAGGCUGCAGCCCUUUUAUCAACUGACUCUAGCUCGGCUACUUUAAAAAAAAAAAAACAAAGAAAAAGUUUCAUUCAUGA